AUGUUCGAUGAAUGUGAUGUAAAACCUACAUCUAACGAUUCCAUACUAUCACACGUGUCUUCAAAUUUGGACGAUUACGCUGACAAGGAUGCGACUAAGUCUCGAGGGAACCUAGUUGAAGACGACAAUCUAGAUUGGCUCAAGCCGCGGACACUCAUCAAACCUGAUGACCAAGAAGACGUGCCAGAAGCUGACUUGGAAGAAGAAGUGGGACGCAUUUUGACCACGAUCAACCCUCAAUGGGUAGCUGAUGAAGUAGCGUACCACUAUGGGAGAGGGAUGUUCGUACCCAAGCCAAAACCAACAUAUGGGAAAGCAUACCCGCUGUACGUUUACCAAGGCACGGCUAUUCGGAAGGAUUCUGAUGAAGCCAAAGCUCAAAUUGCCGCUGGAUAUGGUAUGGUCAGCUUUGAUGAUGCUGGGCCGAAGCGAGUAAAAGUCAAGAAGACUAAAACCGAAGAAGAAGAGGAGGAAGAACCUGAACAGGAAGCAGCUGCUCCAGAAGAGGUUAAAGAUGAAGAGGACCAAGCGCAGGAUGAAGAGGCGGCUGCAGCACCCGAAGAACAAGCAGAGGAUAAACCAGCAGAACCGACGCAGGAGGAGCCUAAAGCAGAAGAGGAAGCAGUCGCUGCUGAGGAGGGACAGGAAGGCGAGGAGAAGGAAGGCGUACCAGAGGGUGAUAUGGUGGAAGAAGAAUACCUAGACAUUAAACCUCGGGUGAAGAAGCUGGCGAACCAGUUUAACUUCUGCGAGAGAGCAGCGCUCACCUACAACUUUCCCAGAAGGUCUGUCGAGACCCAAACAAUCCCGCCGCCAAGAGCCAACUUCGGGGCUACAGCGCUCCAAUGCAUCAUUUUCGACUACUAUCAAGAAGAUUACGCCAGGAAAUUGAGGGAAAAAGAAGAAGAAAAGCCUAAAAGGCUGAGAAAGAAGAAAGCCAAACAUGCGAAGUCGGAGCAGCAGAUCCACGACGAACGGCUGGCCCAGAGGAUCCGAGAAGCCUGGGCCAUCCUUGAGAGACUCGUUAACCAGAAUAUUUACGAUGAUAUUGCUCAAGACUACCGUUAUUGGGACGAUCCUUCGGAUGAGUUCCGUGAAGGCAUGGGCUCCUUGCUGCCUCUCUGGAAGUUUCAAUUCGAACCCAUGCGGAGCCACGCUGUCUGUGAUGUACAAUGGAACCCACACUAUCAAGAUCUGUUUGCUGUCGCUUACGGAUCGUUGGACUUUACCCUGCAACAGAAGGUGGGCUGCCUGUGCCUAUACAGUAUCAAGAACCCAGCGUACCCGGAGUACGCGGUGAUCACGGAGUCGCCUGUCAUCUGCCUCGACGUGUACAAGGAAAUACCUUACCUCAUCUGUGUUGGACUCUACGACGGUAAUGUGUGCGUGUACAACGCUCAGUUAUCACUGGAAUCAUCAUAUCAGUACAAAUCUAAUUCGGUACGGGAUAAACACAGCAACAUAGUCUGGGAGAUUCGUUGGGGACCACGUCUGAUCGAUGGGGAGCCCUCAUUCUUCUCCAUAUCUGGUGAUGGUCGCGUUGUGCAAUGGGCGGUGAUGCCAGGGGAGCUGCAAGCCACCACCAUCAUCACGCUGACUUCCAGCGUGCCCCCGAUACCGGGACCUGAUGGGACCAUGCUCAAUGUUACCAGUUGCGGCAGCUGCAUCUGUUUCCACCCCGAAAAGUCGGAGAUCUUCAUGGUGGGCACAGAAGACGGUAUGAUCCACACCUGCUCCCUCAAGUACAACCGUAACUACGUGCGCUCCAUCCAGGGCCAUCAUAUGCCCGUCUAUAGGAUCCAUUAUAACAACUUCAACAACAGCAUCUACGCCUCCUGCUCUGGUGAUUGGAGAGUCAAGAUUUGGGAGGAUGGGAGGGAUGAGCCCCUUUUCAUGUUUGAACUUGGCUCUCCAGUAGGCGACGUGAAGUGGGCUCCUUACUCCAGUACAGUGUUCGCAGCCUGUACAGCUGAUGGCAAGGUAUACGUUUAUGACUUGAAUGUGGACAAAUACAGACCGAUAUGUGUUCAAGCAGUUGUCUCUAAGAAAACAAAGAAACUCUCCAGGGUCGACUUCAAUGUAAAACUGCCAGUCAUCGUCUGCGGAGAUACCAAGGGAACAUGUCACGUAUUGAAGUUAUCGCCGAAUUUAAGAGUAAUGUGUAAACCGCCGAAAAAAGCCCAAGGAGUUGAUCAACGGACGUUACAGAUUAUGAAACUGGAUAAGCUCCUAAGUUUAGUUCGAGAUCCGCCAUUCCAAACAGGAGUAGUCGACGAGAAGUUUGAAGACGACUGAAACAUACCGCAUGUGCC